AAUUGCUCUGAGUGUGGUAAAAGAUUUAACCAAAGGGGCCAUCUAAAUACACAUAUGAGGAUUCAUACAGGAGAGAAACAGUUUAGGUGCUCUGAGUGUGGUAAAAAAUUUAUCCAAAGGGGCAAUCUAAAUAAACAUAUGAGGAUUCAUACAGGAGAGAAAGCGUUUAGUUGCUCUGAGUGUGGUAAAAGAUUUGGCUAUAGGCAAAGUCUAAAUACACAUAUGAGGAUUCAUACAGGAGAGAAAGCAUUUAGUUGCUCUGAGUGUGGUGAAAGAUUUAACCAAAGGGGCCAUCUAAAUAGACAUAUGAGGAUUCAUACAGGAGAGAAACCGUUUAGUUGCUCUGAGUGUGGUCAAAGAUUUAACCAAAGGGGCAGUCUAAAUACACAUAUGAGGAUUCAUACAGGAGAGAAAGCAUUUAGUUGCUCUGAGUGUGGUAAAAGAUUUAGCCAUAGGCAAAGUCUAAAUAAACAUAUGAGGAUUCAUACAGGUGAGAAACCUUUUAGUUGCUCUGAGUGUGGUAAAAGAUUUAGCGAAAGGGGCAGUCUAAAUAAACAUAUUAGGAUUCAUACAGGAGAGAAAUCGUUUAGUUGCUCUGAGUGUGGUAAAAGAUUUAUCCAAAGGGGCCAUCUAAAUAGACAUAUGAGUAUUCAUACAGGAGAGAAACAGUUUAGUUGCUCUGAGUGUGGUAAAAGAUUUAACCAAAGGGGUAGUCUAAAUAUACAUAUGAGGAUUCAUACAGGUGAGAAACAGUUUAGUUGCUCUGUGUGUGGUAAAAGAUUUAUCCAUAGGAGCCAUCUAAAUAGACAUAUGAGGAUUCAUACAGGAGAGAAACAGUUUAGUUGAUCUGAGUGUGGUAUGAGAUUUAAGAUUCAGUCCUAUUGUACGAGACAUUUGAGGAUUCAUAAAGGAGAGAAGUGAUUUAGUUGCAACCUUUGCAACAAAAGAUUUAUUAUGAUUUAUCAGCAGAUAUUCAUAGUAAGCAUAUUCAUAGUUCACUGUUUUAAAUAAACUACUAACAGGUUUUAUGUCCCUAGAAAAUAUAACUCAUUGAAUAGCACAAAAGAUUUGUGUUUAUUUAUCUUAU